UGUGCUUGAAUUUGGGAGGGGGUGAGAAGGAGUAGUAAGAGGAGGGCGGUCUGUUGGCUGCAGGAUUCCAUCACUCUUAGCAACCGAUACUGAGUUUCCACGGUAACGCUCUGCAGUGUUUUAUGCUUCUCCUUUGUGCUUCUCCAUCAAUCAUCUCUCUCUAUCUCUCUCUCUCUCUCUCUCUCUCUCUCUCUCUCUUUCUCUAUCCUGUCUUUAUUGCUGGUCGACUUCCUCCUUGCGUUGCUACGGUGAUGCUCUGGGACAGGAUGCAGCUGGAUCAUUCUGCAGCUGCAGUGAUGGAGUGCAGAGCUCAACUGUUCUCUGAAGCUCUGAACUCACGAAGGAAGCUGCCAGCUGAUCACCUUGUUUACUUGGCGUUUGUUUCAUCUGUUCCUGCUUUUCACAUUUAUAAUUAAAACAACAGUUUGUCUUUUUACACCUUGGUUUCUCUAACCGAUCAGAGAUCAUCAUUUUGGAUUGGCCAGGCUGUCAGGUGACAUCACAGGAAGUUGGACGUUAGAAUUUCCAUCAACCCAAACGCUCUUGGCUGUAAACAGUUUUCACAACUCCAACAGUCUGAAAGACACCUGGACGCUGCGCAGAGACUUUUGCUCCGUAAACAAUUAUCCAUCCGUAAAAAUCCUCACCUCCUCUUCUCCUCCACCACACCAACAUGAAUGAGGAGGUGGAGGAGUUACAGCUGCCAGAGGAGGUGCUGGAAGCUGAGGAACAGGAAGUGGUACAACAACAGGAGAUACAGCAAUGGGAGGAGAAGCCACAGGAGGGAGAGCAGGAGAAGAUGCACCGACAGGACAUAGGUCAAGAGGAGGGGUUUGAGGAGGUGCAGCAGGAGGGGUAUGUGCCACAGUUAGAAGAGGAGCAGGAACAGCAGGAGGAGUUGCAGCAACAGGAAGAUAAGCAGCAAGAGUGGGAGAUGCAACAGGAAGAGGAGGUACAACAUGAGGAAGAGGUUCAACAGGGACAGGAGGAGGUUCACCAGACUAAGGCACAGGAGUCCCAGCAGGAGGAGGUGCAGACUGAGGAACAGGAGACCGAUGUGCAGCAGCACACUGAACAGGAGCAGCAGAGUGAGGAGCGACAGUUUGAGAAGGAGCAGCAGUUUGAGGAGGAGCAGGACUUUGAGGACGCUCUGGAGCAGAACCACAACAACCAGGUCCUGAAUCGACUGAGAGGAAUGCAGAAAUAUAAAAGUACUUCACAGAGGCUGAAGGGGGUCCUGGAGCAGAUGGACCGUGGAGUUGUAGACUUGCAGGAACUCAGAAGAAACCUGGAGCUGGCUGCUGCCAUGUUGGAUGCUGUUUACACUGAUGAGACCAGGCGUCUGUUGGACACUGAGGAUGAGUUCAGUGAGUUUCAGGCGGAGUCAGUGCCCAGUGAAGUACGUGAUUGGCUGGCAUGUACCUUCAGCAGGAAGAUGGGCGUGGCCAAGCGUCGUCCUGAGGAGAAGCCACGAUUCAGGAGCAUUGUCCAUGCAGUGCAAGCUGGCAUAUUUGUAGAGAGGAUGUACAGACGGACAUCAAACAUGGCUGGUCUGACCUACCCUCCCACGGCUUUGACAGCUCUGAAGGAAGUGGAUCAGUGGUCAUUUGAUGUUUUUUCCUUCCACGAGGCCACAGGAGACCACGCCCUCAAGUUCCUGGUCUAUGACCUUCUUACCCGCUAUGACCUCAUCAACAGGUUUAGGAUCCCAGUGCAGGCUCUGGUGCAGUUUGUUGAAGCACUGGAGAACGGCUACAGCAAACACAAGAACCCCUACCACAACCUGAUUCACGCUGCAGAUGUCACUCAGACUGCACACUUCCUGAUGCUGCACACAGGACUGAUGCAUUGGCUCAGUGAGCUGGAGAUUCUUGCAAUGGUUUUUGCUGCAGCAAUUCAUGACUUUGAACACACAGGAACCACCAACAACUUCCACAUCCACACCAGGUCAGAGGUGGCCAUCCUGUACAAUGACAGGUCGGUACUUGAGAACCAUCACGUCAGUGCCGCCUACAAGCUGAUGGCAGAGGAAGACAUGAACAUCCUGGUCAACCUGAACAAGGAUGACUGGAGGGAGCUGAGAGCUCUGGUCAUAGAGAUGGUGAUGUCCACGGACAUGUCGUGUCACUUCCAGCAGAUCAAGACCAUGAGGAAUUCUCUAACACAGACACACAGUUUAGAUAAAGUGAAGGUUUUGUCUCUGAUGCUUCACGCUGCAGACAUUAGUCAUCCAGCCAAAGCCUGGCCACUGCACUACCGUUGGACUCACAAUCUGAUGGAGGAGUUCUUUCAACAGGGAGAUAAAGAGGUAGAACUUGGUCUUCCUUUUUCUCCUCUCUGUGACCGCAAAGCCACCAUGAUCGCCCAGUCACAGAUAGGUUUCAUAGACUUUAUUGUGGAGCCAACUUUCAGUGGUCUGAUUGACACAACAGAAAAGGUGAUUGGUCCUCUGAUAGAAGAGGACAGGAAGGCCCGUGAGACUGGAAACAGGAGGUCCAGUUUAACAGGAAGUGGUUCAGUUACUGUAGAGUCAGUGCAGAGACACAGCAGUGGUCGCCAUGGGAACAGUGAUGAUGGACAGAUUGACUUUUCACUGACAGCCAUUGACCUGUCAGCUCUGAGGUUCCACCUAUCUGGCGUCAUUGCCAGCAACAAGGACAGAUGGAAAGAGCUGUCUGUGCAUGAGCUCGCCAAUAAGGAGCAAGAGGAAGUGGAGUCAGAUGUCAAGUCAGACAUCCAAACCCAUGUUUCACCCACUCACAAAGUCCCUGAUGGGUACAUCUCUGACCAAUCACAGAAGUCAGAUGGCUCUCCUCCAGAGGGAACAUACAACAAGUGUCCAGACCACAUGCCUGCAGAUCACCUGACCUGGAAUGGUACAAACAUGACAUAGGGGGCGAGGCCAGGGGAGGAGAUGGAAGAGGAUGAUGACGAAGAGCCUGCAAAUGCCUAACACGCCAUGGCUAUCUCGCCACUGUCUGACCAUGGCAGGUCACCAUGGCAACAGAUGUUGCAGUGCAGUGACAGUGAGAGUUCAGGCUUUCCUGUUAAAACACAGCAGCUGAAUCAAUGUGGUUCAGUGGCUUUCAAAGGGCCACCAGAACUUGUGUUUACAUAUCAUAUUCACAGUAACAACAUUCAUAAAAUUACAGCUUCUUAGCAGCUUCAUGGUCAAUGCACAUUGGUGGAAGUAUUUUGUGACUUCAUUGGAGACCCAGAGAAAAAAAUUGAUAAAUAAGUGAUGAUAAAUACAUUUGAAUAAAAAUAAAAACAGACAGGUGAAAACCAAAGUGCAGACAGUGACAGUGAAAUUUCCUGCCACAGCCAUGGCUUGCUAGCUGACCAUUACUGGAGGAAUAAGACAUGGAGCUGUUAAGAAGCAGUUGUGAAGGUUUUGUGAAUGAAGCAAAGGAGAGUUACAGUUGCGUUGUUGUACACCUCUUAGACUAUGGAAGGAGGUUGAAGAAUGAUUGCUGAUCCUUUGUGUGCUUGUCUGUUCUGGGUUCAUAUCAAGCAUAUUUUGCCUCAACCUAUGACCCAAUAUGUGAUGUCCGGGCUGUCAAAGAUAGUAAUGAUGGAAAAAUCUAGACACUCAAUUAGAUUCAGAGGUCUAUGAUAUGAUGAUAAAAUGAGUGAUGCAUCAAAUUUUUCUGUACAUGAUUUAUUUUUUCUCAGUGUGACAAUGUGCUACAUGUAAAACACAGCAUAUUUGUAAUAAUCAUUAAAAUAUACAGAUGAUUUAACUUGAUUUUACUGAGCUGGCUGCCCUGCCAGAUCUAAGCAUGAUUUACAUGUAUACGCCUGUUAUGAUUCACCAUCCAAUUAGUUCAGUGGAAUGCAAAGCCUGUUCUCAUGUAAUUCUGACAAGCAAACAUUAUGUAUUUAAAAUUUCCAGUUUACUGACUUUUCUGUCUUGAGACACAAUCUUUCAAGAGAGGAUCAUGGUCCAAAAGGAUUUUUUUUUCCCCAAUAGGUCCCUCAGGACACAGGAGCUGUUAAUCACACAAGCAGCAUGGCUUUACGGAUGGAAUCAAUGGUUAGUCAGUUGAUCAACCAUGCUGAAAUAUUUAAACAGCUAAUGGGACAGACUGACAUGAAAUUUGGCAGAGAUUUACAAUUCCAAAACAAGUAAUGACUUUUUUGUGUAUCACCAUCCUAAAGUGAAAACAGGGCCAGUUUAAAAAAUCUGAAGUCUAUGGCGGUAUGAAAAAUACCUGCAAAACUGAUGACAUGCCCAUCAGCAUCAGCUGUACCUUGAGGUUUGUGCUUGUUUGAAAAUUUUAGCUUGCUAAUGCGCUAUAUUAAAUGGUGACAAUAAACCUGCUGAACAUUAUCAUUCAAGCUUUCCUCAGUGAGCAUGGUAGGAUACUGACAUGAGAAUUCAGCUCGCAGUAUUUCUGUGGAUAAAUAGCCUCAGAGACACUAGCAUGACUGAGUCUUGCUGUCACAGACCGUCACAGCAGGAGAGAUAAGGAAAAGGCAGGGGAGAGACAAAGGCCUGAGACUGCUGUGAUAAGGACUCAGCCUUAGCAUAUGGUAUAUGCUCUACCAGGUGAUCAACUGAGGACAGUUCCUUGUAGAGCAGGAGGAUGACACCGGCACUUUCUUGUUGCAAAAUCCUAAAAUGAGAACACACAGCAAAUUCAAAGACAAAGCAAGAAAGUCAGGCUGUAACCACCACUUUGUUUGGUUUAAACCAGGAAUUUCUGCAAAGCUGCAUAGAAAGAUUAGGGUCCACUAUUAGAAUUAUACAGUUUGUAGAAUUAAAUUCAAGUGGUGGAUGCGCAGGAUUGUUUCCAAUAACUCCAGAGCAUUGCAGUUCAUAAGUUUUAAUUGUACUGAAAAAGAUACAUUCAAUCAUCAUCAAAAUUCAUCACAUUUACAUUGCACAAAAUAUUCUGGAACAAGCCAUAGUCGAUGGCAUUUUCUUUUCAUCAUCAAUUUAGCUGUGGCCAAAAAGCUGUUUGUCAUCCUUCUUGCCACACACAGAGGGAGGCGUGUGUGUGUGUGUGUGUGUGCGUGUGUGUUCAGGCCAAACCCCCAACUAUAAGGUGCAGUAGAGUUCAUUGGCGUGUCCUUGUGAAACCAAUGAUUGUAAUAGCUUGGUGAUGUGGUGAUUUGUAGGUAAUUGGUAAAGUUCUUUGGCAGGCCAGUUUACCACUAGAAUCUUAGCCAGACAGGAACAUGCUAGCUCUUUUCAAUCACAAGAGCUUUUUGAAAGAAAUAGUCCAAUAAAAAAAAAAAAAAAAUCUCACAUUCCAAUUCUGUGUGUCUGUUUUAAUUGUUCAGUUAUCUCUUGGUUUCUGUCGAAUACAAGACAUAUCAAUCUCUAUGAUGUGUUGUUCUCUCUGAUUAAUCACACCAAUCAUACAACCACAGGAUGGUAAAGUAGCCAAAAACUGUAUUCAUGUCAAAGUACUGUCACUUUUCAAAAACAAGUUACAAUUAAAGCUGCAAGCAGCGAUGAACUGGCAGUCCACGCGUGUUGGGGCAUGCUACUGGCAGGGCUUGUUCAUGCACUACCUUCCGCUGAGGAAGUCGUUCCUUUUAUAAUUUGGUGGCUUGCUCCUGCUGCUAUGAAAUAAUGUAUGCAUGUUCAGGCAGUGAAACUGAAAACUUAGAGGGCUGAAAGAGCUUAAAAAAGUGA